CGACAACUAAGCUGGUUUGUAUUCGGUAUUUGUCGGCCCGAAUCCAAAUCCAAACUUUCAAUACCGCUCUGUCACCGUCGUUAGUUAAAUAGAUAACAAGUACAUCAGCGAUGCCUACCCUCAUGGCCUCGCAACCGGUAGGGUUGAAAUCCAGCACUGCACCACUUGGGGCAGUCGCUGCUGCCUCCGCCUCAAUCACGCUAAGCUUCGACGGGGUUGACUUCAAGCUCUGCCCUGACGAUGACGAUUCAGAGAUGUCGUACAAAGCGAAAGCAGAUAGAGUAGUGCUGUCCUUAACAAGUUUCAGUGGGACCCUGACGGUAUCGAAGUCGAUGCUCUCGUCGUUAUCGCGUAGCAUACAGUCAGUGUCCACAGCAGGUCCCACGUUACUGUCGACAAGUGUGACAGCCGUAGCUCCAACGGUCGAAGACGAUCCUGAUUCCCCCGACCAGCACCAUAAGAAGUCACGAAAGAAGGUCUCGCCAUCACAAAAGACGCUUCCUUUCAAGAGUGGAAACAAGAACAAAAAGACCACAAAAGGCAGCAGCAAUGAUAAAGACGAAACAGCUCGCAAGCGACGCACCGAUUCCAAAACUUCUCAGACUCCUCAGGCGACACAUUCGAAGAGAAGUCGUAACGCUAUGGAGAUCAGCCUUCCGCUAAUCAGCUUGGGCCAGGCCAGUCAACCCACUCAACUGACGCAAAUGGACACAGACGUCGACCAUUUUAACGACGCUUCUAUACCUCCUUCUGCUGCCAACAGUCACGUUGAGACGAAGACCACGGUGACGAAAAACACCUCGGUUCAAGACAUCCUCGAUCGCGACGGUAUUCAAGGAAGCGGGGACUCCGUUGCAACGAUGAAGGAUGGCGAUGACUGUGGUAUUGAUGUGGGAAUGGAAAUUGUAGAUGGCGAUAUCUCAGCUACUAACGCAGAUGAAAAGAACGUCAGCGAGGAAGCCAUUACCAAUACCAUUGACCCGKAGAAAGCGGAUCCUGGUACCGGUGCUUUUUCGUACCCGGCACCACCCGCCCGCUGGGGGCACACAAUGACGCAGGUAGAGAAAGGCCAGAUCUUAGUGUACGGAGGACAAUCCUUUGAUCUCAAUGGCAAUCCCGUCAUCUUGUCAGACGUUCAUGUAUACGACCCCAAAAAUGGAGGAUCGUGGCACAAACCCAUCAAUUGUCGUGGUGAAGCGCGACAAUGGCACACUGCGACCUAUAUUCCCGGCAGACAACAAAUUAUCGCGUUUGGCGGUGAAACAAUCGACCCUAUCAAAAAGAAAGGGGCCAAAAAGGACAAGGUAAUCACCAGUGACACUCUCCGCGUUCUAGACACGGAAAUCAUGCUGUGGUAUCCUCCGGCCGCUUCUGGGGACGUUCCGACGGGUCGAAGUGGCCACACAGCGACGUUCUUCCCAUCUACGAAUGAAUUGAUCCUCUUUGGUGGUGUCCGUGGUUCCAAGUGGCUCAACACGGUCAGCGUCUUGGAUGUCACUCGCUGGAUAUGGACGACACCUCACAUCGUCGGAACGGCUCCAAAACCUCGAUCCUAUCAUUCAGCCACUGCGGUUGGACCUCAAAAAUUAGUUGUCUUCGGCGGAAACAACAAGACCAGCUGUUUCAACACUGUCCACGUGCUAGAGGCAAUCAAUGAYAAUGAUGGGAAUAGCAUGAACCCCGACAGCGAAGGAGGUAGUAUUGGUUGGAAAUGGUCGAAUCCUACUAUUCGUGGAAAUGCUCCCUUUCCUAGAACGGGACACACGGCGACGCUUUUAGAAGAUGGGAAGACGAUCAUGGUCUAUGGAGGCUGGGAUCCAAACGAGGAAGACGAACUCACUGGGGAGGACAAUAUUUUCAAAGGAAGCUAUCUCUUGGACACCCACGACUGGACCUGGAAAAGGGGGCCCGAUCCGCUGUCUGGUGGUAGUGGAAGCGCCAAUCACAUCGUAGAAGAUUGUGGGGCAAAGAGGUGCGGUCAUACUGCUGCUUUGAACGCUGAAAACGGGGAGGUAUUUGUAUUCGGUGGAAGAAUCCCUGGUGAAGUAUUAGCAGGAGACGUGCAACGAUUGACUCCUCCCCAAGAGAAAACAUUGCAGCUGGAGGGUUCUUAAAUGGUCAGAAAUGUUCCGGAUCAAAUCGUUAGCACAAAGCGCGAUGACUGCAAUUCGAUAUUCGUUUGGCAACAGAAAUUGAAACUUUUCAAUUUUAUUGCAUUUAUUGUCUUGAGGAACAGAAAAAACAUCAUUAGUAGUGUGCUCGUUAUCAUUAUUUAGUCUUAAUCCUUGGGUCAGCUGAGGACAAAAUACUCGGAAAUCUAAUCUCUACUGUACCGGUACGGUGUUGUACGAACUCGCAGAAUGAGAAGCUCUAGAAGGAACAUUGAAUUGCAUACAACACAAUUAAAUGCUUUUGGAAAUCAAACUUCACUACUGAUUAUCGAAGCUUAAUCUUGUAAUAAUCGCAUGCGCAAAAAGGCCGAAUUCACGUUCUGGACGCGGCAGGUCCAAGUACUUUUGCGAUUUUCAAAAUAACGAAGUAUCCACUUAAACCUUCCUCUAGAAGGUUGCUUUCAGUAUAUGGUUCUCAUCCUUGGAGAAACCAAUACGUCAUUCUAAAUGGAGUAUACCUUUGCCGCUCGCAAAAUGAUGAAGGAUCGAUAAUCUCUUGUACAUGGUAGUAUUUGGAAGUGAGAAAUCCAAAAUACUAACAGUUUUCAUUACUUCAUCGCCCUUUCCGAAGGUAUCCUUUCCAUCAUCCAACAUAGAUUUGAUGUCGUAGGUAUCAACUCAGUCUUCAUAUCUGCCAGACUGCGAACAUUCAUUAGCAAUCACAGAUAACCUCUUCGGAAGUCCAAGAAGAUUGCAGUCUCAAACUAGCCUUAUCAAAUGCUCCUAGAAUAAUGGAAGGAUCAACAUCGAAAGUGACAAGUGUCAAUCGGGGACGGUAACAAGGCAUUCUCUGAUUUCAGUGGAUUCACCAUGUCGGAAGAAGUUCCGCCAUAGCAACUAUAUCCACAUCAUUGACCUGCAUUUGCUGACCCCCCGAUCUUACACCAACCGUGUAAUGAGCAGCUACAAGCCGCUCACUUUGACAGGAAGAUAAACAAAUAAAGGGUUGCAAGGAGAUUCGAUGUUGAGAUUCGAUGAUAUGUUAUCGUGAUUUAAAAUAGAUUCAUCAUAUUAGAACUUACCUGGACAGUUGGUUUGCCCGGAUCAUCCCAUGCAGAAACCACACUUGCGGGAAGGAGAGAUGUUGCCAUCGGUUUCAAUCUCCAUGUUGUCCAAUCCGGAAUCAAAGCUAGAUUCCAUUCCCAUGAAGGCAGGGGAUCCCUCGGAUGGGACCUGGUAGGGAGCAGCGGGACGAUAGAAGGCAGAGCUUCCACCGACAACGACGGCUAGAAAGAGAGCGAAAAUGAUAUGUUUGAUCAUGGUAAAAGGGUACAAAUCGUCUUUUGAUUUGAUGCGCUAUGAAUAAAUGGGAAGAAAGAUGUCUAUUAAAGAAUGCAUUUARGC